AUUGAAAUCUCUACAACUAAACGUAAUUGUCGUUGAGUUCUGUCAUUUGAGCUUCGUUAAAUUUAAAUAACUAAGAGAGUUAGCACAAAUACAGAACAAGGCUCAUCUCCUUCCUACGGCUUCUCUUUCUUCAAAAACUCCCUGAAGCGCGUUGUAUGGGCCUGAUUGAUGUAUAUAUAUAUAUGUGUAAGAAACGAAAUCCAGGGGCACAAGAAGAAACUUCACAGUUCCCAAGUGAUUCUAGAGCUACGAGAAGUUUUGGACCACGGCCAAUAGCGGCUUGAAAUGAGUAAUAUCAGUAUGAUGGGUUUUCCACUGACGAGUAAUGUCAUAACGACGCCAGUUACAAGCAAUCCAGCAAACUCAGUGUGCCUUCGGGAUUCGAUGACAGGCAACGUUCAAGUAAAUACCGCCCUGGAUCAGAACAUUAGUGUUGAUGCCACUAAGUCCAAAACCCCAAAGAAGAAACAGGGGUCAGGGAAUACUGGAGAAAACCCCCCAAAGAAAAAGAAAACAAGGACAACGUUUACGGCCUUUCAGCUGGAAGGGCUUGAACUAGCUUUCCAAAGGGCACCCUAUCCAGACGUUUUUGCACGUGAAGAGCUUGCACUCGGACUAAGUCUCAGUGAGUCACGUGUCCAGGUUUGGUUUCAGAAUAGACGAGCUAAGUGGCGAAAGAGGGAGCCACAACGUAACACAAAUUUUAUGCAGAGUGGUUCAGCUUCCACUUUUGGAACAAUGCUUUCGACAACAACGCCAACUCUCCCCCUCUUGAACAACACCAUUAUUGAUACAUGGGGGUUCGCAUCAUCUCCUUACGACUUCGCCUUCCAGACUGCACCGUUUUCCACCUCUCUGUAUACUGGAUAUUCUAAUAACCCUCACCAAAAUCUUUCAAACGACGCAGGCGCAGCUUACUACAAUUCGAUGCUACCAACACAAUCCAUGAAUAUGACGGACGUUUUACUACCAAACUACCGUUCAUCUCCCACAUCAGACAUUCAGCAAAAAUAUUUUAUCUCUGAGGCUUAUCUAGGAUCUUUGUCUUCAGAUCAAGACAAGAAAACCAUAGCCCUAGAUAUGUCAGAUAAUUCGGUUUCAGACAAUCAACGUUUAACGUCAAUGUCCCAUUUAUUGGUGAAAACUAAAGAAAAUACUGUUUCGCUCUUACCGUCAACGGAUUUCUUGACGUAAACACCGUAUUAAUUCAGUUUUAUACAUUAAAUACAGUUUCAAGUUUCAGUAUUGAUUUUUCACGGUGUUAAGUGUUAAUCAGAUUGUUCGGAAACGCAAAUAAGGACAAAGUUUUAAUUCCAGAGGUUGAAUAAAAAUAUCAUAUCUGAACAUUUAAAGGUUCUUAGCAAGAAAUAGUAAUCUUUUUGAUGAAAAUGAUCUUAAAAUUAUAUAAAGUAUAUGACUUAUGUAUAUGUAUAUAUAUAUAUAAAGCAAUUCACUGCAUAAAUACGCAAUGGCAAAUUACCAAAUGUGCCUUGUAUUUCAUGUAUAUAUUUAUCGGUAACUCCGUACGUUCUUUGAAUAUGCACUCUUGUAAGUCAGUGUUUUAUAAUAUACAGAGACAAACAUGAGUUCGAAGAAGUUAUUUUUCAGCUAGUUUUGUGAAUAGUAUUAACUAUUAUUUUUUAAAUGUAUUUUAUAUGAUAUUUUUAUAAAAACCACCAGGUAUUUUGUACCCCAUAAAUAAUGUGGGUCAUUUCAGUGAAUUCAUAUGGUGCCAAAAUGUAUGAUACUUUUGACUUUAAGAAUAACAUAUCAGUGCCUGUAUUACUCUUAUACUUCAGAUUUAAUAAUCAUUGUGUUUAUAUGUGCUUCGCAUGUCGUGUACAAAUAAAUAUCUCAACCAUACAUUUUACACUGACGAGCUUAUGCAGAUAGUUUGAUACAAUUAAUGAAAUGAACACCGUAAUCAAAAUAUGUUUUAUGUUUUUUAUUAUUUUCCUUAUUUCUUUCACAAAUGAAAUAUUCCUGCUUAUUCUACACUGUGUGAGAAAUGUCAGAGAGCUUAAUUAGUUUCUAUGUAAAACAGAUGGUUUUGUUUCGCUCGUAUGCAUUUCUAGUUCUUGUAGAAGUUAUACAGCUCAAGAAAAUUGCAGUCAAAUCAGCAUUCAGCAAAGUUUAUAGAUCAAUAGAAAGGAUGAUGAGUGCUCGCAGCAUGCUUUGAGGUUCUUUUAGCUGAUUCUAUUGCUCCUUUCGAUACACUGUAUCAUUUAAUGAAUUCAAUAUACUUUUUGUCGGCUUAUUGUUUGUUUAGAAUUAAAAUUCAUUCAGUA